UUGUGCUACCUGAGGGCAGGACCGCUUGGAGCAGCGCCAAGGCACCGACUCGCCCAGUCUAAGCGCCGCCCCUCCCAGUGCGCUCUCUAUCUGCGCACUGACAGCGCACCUGCUUCCAAGCCCGCCAGCAGGGGAGAGCCGGGCAAGCCGUGGGCUGGGCGGGGAAGCCCUGGGAGAAAGAAGAAAAGAACUGAUCCCGGAGCUGUGGGUUCGGGCAGCAAUAGGGCGGGGUUUGCCUGCCUCAGCAAUUCAUAUAAAAACCUUCUACUCUCUAGAGAACAACGAUCCCAUUCAGCUAGCGGGAGUGGGACGGGCGCAGGGGAAAGGGCACAAGGAGGGGGGCAGGACCGUGAGAGAUACCCGAGGAUUUGUUACUUGGCACUGCCACUGGGACACGGCAAGGAGAUUCCGUAAUAAUAAAACUCUGCAAUAUGCGACUCGCAGCGGCUCGGAUUAACCUGCUGCUCGGCUGCUGCUGCGCCUUCAUCGCUGCUUUUAACUUGGAUACUGAGAAUGUCAUCUCCAAAAGCGGGGAUCCCGGGAGCUUGUUCGGAUUCUCCAUGGCCAUGCACUGGCAGCUGGACCCAGUCAACAGGAGGCUGCUGUUGGUUGGGUCACCUAGAGCUAAAGCUCUUCCAGCACAGAAAGCGAAUGUAACAGGCGGCUUAUAUGUUUGUGACAUCACAUCGCCUUCACCGAGCUGCAACCGGGUUUUGUUUGAUGACUCAGUUGAUUUGACAUCAGAAAGCAAAGAAAAUCAGUGGAUGGGUGUGAGUGUUCAGAGCCAGGGGCCUGGUGGGAAGAUUGUGACUUGUGCACAUCGCUACGAAAGGAGAACGAGUGUAAAUACAAACUAUGAAAACCGGGAUAUCACUGGAAGAUGUUAUGUGUUCAGCCAAGAUCUCACCAUGACAGAUGAAAUGGAUGGCGGAGACUGGAAUUUCUGCGAAGGACGAAGGAGGGGGCACGAACAGUUUGGUUCUUGCCAACAAGGUGUUGCUGCUACAUUCACAAAAGAUUUUCAUUAUAUCGUAUUUGGUGCACCUGGAACAUACAACUGGAAAGGAGUGGUCCGGGCAGAACAAAAAAAUAACACUUUAGAAGACUUGUUUAUUUUUGAAGAUGGACCUUAUGAAACUGGUGGUGAAAACAAACGAGAUUCAGAUUUAGUUCCUGCACCAGAUAACAGUUACUUAGGAUUUUCUUUGGAUACCGGGCGAGGGAUAACGUCCAAGGAAGAAAUGACUUUUGUUUCUGGAGCCCCGCGAGCCAAUCACAGUGGGGCUGUAGUCCUGCUGCAAAAGUUUCCACCCAAUGAGAGGAUGUUGUCUGCUGUACAUACAUUUCAAGGAGAAGGGCUGGCGUCUUCCUUUGGUUAUGAUGUAGCGGUGGUCGAUCUUAAUAGAGAUGGGUGGAAGGAUAUUGUUGUUGGUGCUCCCCAAUAUUUUGAUAAAAAUGACAGAGAAAUAGGAGGCGCCAUUUAUGUCUAUAUAAAUCAACAGGGAAAUUGGAAUGAUGUUAUGCCUGUCCGCAUUGUAGGAACCAAAGACUCUAUGUUUGGUAUAUCUGUAAAGAACAUUGGAGACAUAAAUCAAGAUGGCUACCCUGAUAUUGCAGUUGGAGCCCCGUAUGAUGACGGAUUUGGCAAAGUUUAUGUGUACCAUGGGUCCAAAGAUGGAAUCAUCUCAGAACCUGCUCAGGUUAUUGAAGGCAGAAGCACAAAUACGCGGUUCUUUGGUUACUCCAUCGCAGGAGAUAUGGAUUUAGAUCAAAAUUCUUACCCAGACAUUGCAGUAGGAUCCUUAUCAGAUAGUGUUAAAGUGUUCAGAUCCCGUCCUGUUAUCACUAUCAAGAAGACUAUUAAAGUAACACCUGAUAGAAUAGACUUCAACAAGAAAAACUGUGAUGCCCCGAGUGGAAUAUGUUUGGAAGUGGAAGGUUGUUUUGAAUACACUGCAAAUCCUAAAACCUACAAUCCAGUUCUAACUCUGAGCUGCACGUUUGAACUUGAAAAUGAUCGGAGGCUGUUGCAGAAGCCAUUAAGGAUGAACUUUAAAGAUCUUCCCCAGGAAAGCAAAUUGCCAAAAACCAUUGAGCUUAGAGGCCAGAAUCAAAGGAGAUGUGUCACGACAACACUUCAGCUAUUGGAAAGUAUUAGAGACAAGCUACACCCCAUUGCCGUGUCUGUUAGUGCAGAGAUAAAAAGUGUUCGUCGAAGGAAGAGACAAAGUAGUCCCCUUCCAGAACUUAUGCCAAUCCUAAAUUCUAAUGAGCCCAAGAAUGCUACCGCUAAUGUCCAGUUUCUAAAGGAAGGAUGCGGGGAGGAUAAUAUCUGCAACAGCAAUAUGCAACUAAAGUACAAGUUUUUAACCAGAGAAGGAAGCCACGAUUCAUUCACAGAAUUGAAACAAGAGAAUGGUAUUCCGGUACUAGCAUUGAAAAACCAAAAGGAAAUUGCUUUGGAGGUCACCGUCACCAACAAGCCAUCCAAUCCGGCAAAUCCAAAACUGGAUGGCGAUGACGCACAUGAAGCACAGCUUACUGCGGAACUGCCAAGCUCUUUGUCCUAUUCUAAAUAUGUAGAGCUGAAUCCUCAGUUGGAUAAACCUUUAAUUUGUGCAUCAAACCCCAAUGGCUCUGUUGUGUUCUGUGAACUUGGAAACCCCUUUAAAAGGAAUGCCAAUGUAACUUUCUAUCUGAUCUUGAGCACAAAUGAGAUAUCAGUUGAUACUAAUGAGCUGGAUAUUGGCCUUAAUUUGAAAACAACAAGUUCCCAAGCCAACCUUGCCCCUGUGGCUGCAAAGGCUCGAGUGGUAGUAGAGCUGCUGCUUUCUGUCUCUGGAGUUGCCAAACCUUCCCAGGUGUACUUUGGGGGCAAUGUCCUUGGCGAGAGUGCCAUGAAGUCAGAAGAUGACAUUGGAAACUUAAUAGAUUUUGAUUUCAGAGUAACCAAUUUUGGAAGGCCUCUUAAAGCACUUGGUACUACCUUCCUGAAUAUUCAGUGGCCAAAAGAAAUCUACAAUGGCAAAUGGUUGCUUUACUUGGUGAAAAUGGAAUCAGAAGGGCUGGAUAAAAUGGAGUGUCAGCCUGCUGGGGAAAUAAAUAAACUGAAACUGCUGGAAUCGGGCAAAACGAGACACAGGCGUGAAAUUGGAGAAAGCCAAAGUGGAACAAGUGAUAAAUCAUUUUCUUUGUUUUCUGAGAGGAAGUACAUGACAUUGGACUGCAAUAACCAAGCAAAAUGUGUGACCAUUAAAUGCCCUCUCCAUGGUAUGGACAGUAAUGCAAUCAUUAAGGCAAGGUCAAGACUAUGGAACAGUACCUUCCUAGAGGAAUAUUCAAAGAUGAAUUAUCUUGAUAUCCUUGUGAAGGUCUUCAUAAGCGUAGACACAGCAGCACAAAACAUAAAAUUGGCGAAUGAAGGUUACCAGGUUCGUGUAACAGUUUUCCCAGAGAAGACAGUAGCUCAAUACUCUGGCGUGCCUUGGUGGAUUAUUUUCGUGGCUAUCCUUGCUGGUAUAUUGAUGCUUGCACUCUUGGUGUUUUUGCUGUGGAAGUGUGGCUUCUUCAGGAGAGAUAAGAAAGAUCAAUUUGAUGCCACAUAUCACAAGGCUGAGAUUCAUACUCAGCCUUCAGACAAAGAAAGGCUAACUUCUGAUGCAUAGUAUUGAUCAACAAUCUGUGAUUUGUGUGGAUUCUUCAAACGCUCCAGGUACGAUGAUAGUGUCCCACGAUACCACGCUGUACGAAUUUCCAAAGAAGAACGAGAGUACAAAGAUGGAAAAUUGCCUAAGAACAGUGAAAAAAAGCAGUGGGUCACAAAAUGGAAUGAAAAUGAGAGCUAUUCAUAGAGUUUUCUAUUUUUCCUUUUUCUUUUUUUUUUUUUUAAAGAGAUGAAUAUCCUUGUAAGAUAGCCAGAAAGGCAUUUGUUCGUAUGGGGUCUAAAAAAUUAGGCUUCCGUUUUAACUGACUGUUACUUAUGCCAUGGCUAUUUCAGUUUGCACUGUGUUUUAAAUGAGGACUUAGACUUUAAAUCAGACUAUUGCACCAAACCUUGUUCCACUGGAGAUAUCUGGUAGUUACUGCUGUGGCUUUUAGCCUAUCACAUCAGCAGGCAAUGCGGCUAAGCCCUUUGCAUGCUGGAUUUGUUAACCAAGAAAGAAAGAAGCUGUUGGAUAUGUUAGCUGGAGGCUACUGCUGCAAUCAAGAAUCAAGUUUAUCACUAAAGACUCACACAUCCACAUCACCCUGUACUGAAUUACCCAGAGCUGAACAAGUCUUCCAUUUACACAGUGUAAUGUACCUGCCUUAAUGCAUAAUUUUGUGGCAAUGACAUGCUAGCAGAGUGCUGAGAUGUAAUGUAAUAUAUUGUACAAAGCCCCGUAGAGAUUUAUCCAAAGUCUAUAGUUUCUUGUAAGUCCUUCAUAGCCUCUGCUGGUGCCUAGGUCCAUCAUCAGGGCCCAGCUUUGUGGUGCCUUCACUGAUAUGCAUUAUCCUAUGCAAGAUAUUUGUGCCAAAUCCCCAAAAAUAUAGGCUUGGUCUUAGCUUCUGAUAUACAUUCCUAACAUAAGAGUGUAUAUAUAUAUAUAUAUAUAUAUAUAUAUAUAUAUAUAUACACACACACAAACACACGCACAGUUAUAGGAUCUAUAAUAAGAUAGUACCUAAUACUUACAUACUUAACUAACACUGCAUAAACCCAUGCCAAGUCUUAAGCAUUCCUGAUAAUAGCUGAGUAUAUAUAUGAGUAUAUAUAUAUGUACACACAAACAGUGUGAUUAAAACCAAGAUACCCUGCUAUCAAGUUGUAAAUGCAUUUAUAUACUUCAAGGGGGGAAUGUAAUAAAAAUUGCUAGUGGUGUGUAAAAUGGCAUUUUUAGCGCUGUUCGCAAUGUUAUACUAUUCACUAAACAUUUAUUACAUUGUGGAUGUUUAACACCUACUUUAUUACAUUUACUGCGCACAUGCACAAACUAAAAAAAUCGCAAACCUCCUGUCGCAAGAAAUGCAAAGGGUUCAACUUUUUCUUUGUUGCACAAAUGCAAAAUUUGUCGCAAAUCACAUUUUGGUCCCAUGGCGACAGUUUUUUCCGUUAGUGAUACAUAUUACAUUCCCCCAUAAAUGUGCAAUAGACCAACACACUAAAUACAGCACCAUUUUAUCUAAAGCUGCCUGUAACAACAGGAAAUGAAAUGUCCUAUAUGCAGGGUACACUUAGCCUGCCCUUGAGAAUUCCGUGUGGUUUCUAAUUUGCAAAGUAAAUUUAUUGGAAAUGCAAUGUGCUGUCAUUUUGUAGGGCUUUUUGAUAACACAUACUCACAACUUGGGUCAGAACACAACAGGUCUGGUGAGGAAUAGGGCUGUAUUAAUAUCCCUAGGCACCAACCAGCCGCCCGCUCCUUUUCUCACUGAUCAACGCAUUUGCAGGAUAAUCUUUGUGCAUGCACUGAUUGGAUGAAAGGGGUAACAUCCCUCCUUCUCAACUCAGUUGCUGGAUUUAGCUGCAAGCGUCCAGUGAUGGACUGGGAGGAAUUUAGUUUUGUUUUUUAGAAAGAUUUUUUUUUUAUAGAUAGGCACCCGAGGGAUGCCCUCCUAAAGCUGCCACUCUAGACAUGGGCUCUUCAGACCUAUAUAUAAUAUUUAUAUAUUGUUUAGGCAAUAGAUAAAAGAUGUCUGCAAACACUACUGUUGAUAGCAAACACACUGUAAUAUAGACUAGAAAUUCUAUUUCAAAGAAAAUCUUGUUUUAUAUAUAUAUAUAUAUAUAUAUAUAUAUAUAUAUAUAUACUGGAUAACAAUAACUAGCAUGUCAGUUCAAAUGGAUAACUUUUACAUUUUAUUUGUGUUCCAGGCCCUUUAAAACCAAUUUUUCUAUAUUGUGCCGACUGUGUAUAAUGUUGCCUUCAUGAUAUUUAUUGAUAUUUCAAUUCUUCUGCUUUUUUAUUGUUAACGCAAAAGAUAUAUCUGUGAUCUGUUGCUGCUUUUGGGGUUAACUAUCCAAAUAAUCAAGAUGGACAACUGUUAGCAACUCAUUUGUGUACCGCAAUAUUUCCUUCAUGAAUGGACGUAACUACUGAAUUGUGAUGUCAUAUGUGUCAAUGUUAAUCCUGUACCGGAACAAAUCUGCAGCCCAUGUUCUGUAAAUGUAAAUACUAGAGUGUACAUUAAUAAUGUUUGUUUUAAAAAAGAACAGAAUUUAAUUUGAAUAAAUGUCACAUUCUUACGCUGAU